UUUCUGUAGAAGAUAAUUAUUAAUUUCACAGAUCAAAUCAAAGCAACGACGAGUUCGGGUCUUUUUGUGUAAUCUAAAAUUUACUGAUAGAAGUUUCGUUUUUUGAGAAGAUAUGGAACGUUGGCAAGGUAAACUUGCAAUUGUAACUGGCGCAAGUUCGGGAAUCGGAGCUGCAACGGCUGCAAAACUAGUAGAAAACGGGUUAUCUGUGGUUGCUCUUGCGUUAUCUGAGGAACUUCUUCUUCAAAAGCAAAAAGCUCUUCCGGAAAACCUACGCAACCGCUACCAUCCCAAAGAAUGUGAUGUUACUAAUGAGGAAGCAGUGAAAAGCACUUUUGCUUGGAUUGAGGACCACUUUGGCGGAGCAGAUAUUCUCGUAAACAAUGCCGGUGUUAUGACUAUUGGUGUGGAUCUUUCGGCCCCAGAUAAUACCGAAACUAUUAGAAGAAUUCUAGAGACGAAUGUGAUGGGUGUAGUCUAUUGCGUGCGGGAAGCAUUCAACUCAAUGAAAAAGCGAAACAUCGACGGCCACAUUGUCGUUAUUAAUAGCGAGCAAGGCCAUAUAGUCCCUAUUAUGAGUAAUGGCUCGCUGAACAUGUAUGCUCCUUCGAAAUGGGCGGUAACUGCGAUGGUUGAGACCUACCGUCAGGAAUUUGCAAAUGCGGGAACAAAAGUGAAAGUAACGAGUGUUAGCCCUGGAGCUUGUGAAACUGAACUUGUGCCAAACAUGGCGGCCUAUAGAAAAGCAGGAGUUGCCAUGUUGUACCCUGAGGAUGUGGCUAACGCUAUAUUAUAUGUCCUGGGCACUCCACCGCAUGUACAGGUACACGAAUUAACCGUUAAACCUGUGGGUUCAAAAAUUUAAGCAACAGUUGUAUUUUUAAAAAUAUAGUUUAAGAAAAUAAAGUGCUUGUUUAAUUUUAAUC